AUGACGUCAUCCAAUAUGUCUGCGCCCUUGUCCUUCUCUAGUUCCAGAUAAUUUUCCAAAUGUUCUAUUUAGGCGAUAUCAGGAACGUUACUGUUGAAGUCAACUUUCAAAAGCUUUCCUAUUUGGGAAACCAUGGGGAGUAGUGCUAGUAGCAGUGCUAGUGGUAGUGAAAGUGAUGAGGAAAACAGCGACUUUGAAACGCAAGUUUGUGAGAACAAGCCUGUACAAGUUACACAUCCCGUUGAAUCUGAUAAUCUUGGAGACAUUGACUUAAACCAGCUCUUCGAUCAUGUGACUCUACGUGAAGCAGCUUCGAAAAUAAGAGAUGAUGUCCCUGAGACGGUGGUUCAGCAGCACCAUGGUCACCUGGUCCGAUGGCUGGAGGAGCGGUACCAACGCAGCGAGGAAACCAUCUCUCUCACUCAGUUCUGUGAUGUCCUCAUGAACAGAGGAGUCAGCCGCGAGGAGUGUACAAUCGCUUUUGAUCAAUUUGAUGUGGAUGGAGAGGGGCAGGCCUAUGUGGAGUCGAUGCUAGAUGCUCUGCGCUCAUCCAAUGGUGCUAACCUAAGAGGGGAGCUCUCCCAUGCCAUCAGGAUAUUAACUGCAUGCACUCUUACCCCAGGUCUGAUAGAUGUAUUUUCUUCAGACAGGGAGAGUGUUGGACAACAUGGACAAAGAAUUCUCAAGUACCUGCUGAGGAAUCGAGCUCCCAGCAGUGCUCUACCGUACCCCUCCCUAGAUGGCUUCACCCAUACCACCACAAUGAGACUCUCGGUACUUGAUCAGCAUCUUCAAGAAAAACAGAGACAAUCAGCUUUCAGAGAGAGUUUUGAGAUGGAAGGAGGUGGAGAGGUGAAGCUCACCACAAAAUGUUUUAAGAGCAUCCAAGUUUCCACCAAUCCAAGGGAUGCCUCAAGGUUGACCGAUGGCGAUCCCAGCACCUACUGGCAGUCCGAUGGCCCCGCCCACACCCAUUGGGUUAGGUUUAAGCUGCGGCCAGGGGUGUGUCUCAAGCACCUGUCUAUCCAUGUGGCCCGAGGUGACCAUAGCUACAUGCCUCAGCAUGUCACAGUACUGACCGGUCACUCACCGGUCUCGUUACAAGAGGUGACCGAGGUCAGGAUAGCAAGCCACAUCACUGGGGACGUAACUCUCCUGGAGAACGCCAAGGUGAUCAGACCUUACGUUCAGAUCAGCAUCAAGAGAUGUCAGUUUGAAGGCUGUGAUGUCAGGGUCCAUGGGAUACGAGCCCUGGGAUACAAAAUGGUGCAGAAGUCUGAAGUGAGUGUGAAAGAUGCCUCGGCCAUGUGGUAUCUCUCCGUCUUGGCUUCAACAGCAAACGCUGCUAUACCACUCGCGCCCCAUCUACGCAGUGCUAUCCUCAACCAUACAAAGAUGGCCUUAUCCCACAUGCCGCCACUAUCCCUGAUGCCCCAGCAGCUCUCCAAGGCGAGCUUCCUCAGCCCACAUGUCCUGGACCAGGUAGCUGAGUUCCUACAUAAUAUAGCCAGAAAUGACAGAGGAGAGAUGGCGAUGGAAGGUCUGAAGAUACUGCUAGAGUUUGCACUAGCCAGAGGGAACCUGGCCAGCAUACUCAAAGCACUACAAGAUCUGCUAGAUCAUAAAAACAGUGAGAUUGAAGGUGCUGUCAAGAUGUUGAGGAACCUGAACACAGUAAGGGACUCCAUCUUGAAGAAACAUGGUACCCAGCUGACCGUGUCUCUUGAAGGCUGCGAUGGCGGCCAGCAGGAUGAAACAACAGCUCCAAGCAAUGUCCUUUGUGGUAACUGGUCUGCAAAAGGAUAUGUGUCCAAUUCUCCCAAGGUCAACAUGUUCUUUACAAAAGACACUCCAUUCCAGAUCACCAAAGUUCAGAUUAAGGUAGCCAAAGGUGCCACUGGACCAAAGUGUGGUCUGAUCUUUGUCUACAAUGAUCAGAAGGGCUUUGACUUGAAACGACAUCUGGCGAUAUUUGAGAAGUACGAUUCUUGGAAUUCAACAGACUACAGGCUCUUCCAAGGAUUAAGAGCUGCGUCCAUCUGCGGAAAACCUGAUAAUCCAGUAGCAUAUUUCAGCUUGGACAAUGAUUGGGAUGAAGUGGAGGUACCUCUUGACCAGUGUUUUGUCGGUCAGUAUGCCCUUAUCAAGUUCCUUGGUCCGAGAAGUGACUCGGCCACCAGGCUGGGCAUUGUGGGUGUCCAUUUCUACGGCUUUUCCCGAACCUCGUCAGUCCUCGACAACAUAGACAUUUCAAGUGUGGCUCCUCUUCCAUACGACGUGGAUUCUCCAAUCAACACAAUGAUUCUCUUCACACAAGUCAUGAGCUUCAUUGUACGCAUCUGCCAAGACUUGGAGGUGAUGAAGAAGAGGAAGGAAGGGACUGUGAUGCGUAUCCCUGUACCAGACAUGCAGCACCUAACUCUCAACAUUAUCAGUCAACUCUACAGUGCCAUCCCACAAGAUGACAACCAGUGGAUGUAUGCCAGGAUACUAUGUUUGAACCUGCUUCAUAUCAGCAUCCCAAACCUAGCCAAGCACAGAGAGAAGGAGACUGCCAAGGCUAGAAUGCUGUCAGAUCUUCAACUUCAGGAUCACCGAAAGCUUGGAGAAUUUCAGCUACAUGGUGCCCAAAUUCAAGAGACUCGAUUUGAUAAUCAACCAGCAACGGACAACCAGACAUCUCAAGAAACACCGGCAAGUGCACAAGCACAAUCAGAGACCUUGACAGAUACGCAGCGAGAAACACUUGCAAACACUCCAGGACAACGAACAGCGUACGUCCAGGAGUCGCAGGAGAUGCUGUCUCCAGGACUGAACAGUGGUCCAUCCCCUGGAGCCACCCCUACCGCCGUCACGCCACCACCGAUGAUGGCUCUAUCCGGCACAUCCAGCCCGAUGUCGGAAACCAGGGAAUUAGAUACGAGCCUGGACCAGAGACAAGCGAGGGAGCUGUUCAAUCACCUGUGCCAACUGGCAAGCUUUGACGGAGGAGACGGGUCGCAGGAGGAUCCUAGGAUGCUACUCAAGGCGGCUGCUGAGGGAAGCAUUUUAGAUGGUGCUGCAGUGUUUUUUCCUGGGAAGGAUGCAAGGAGGGAAGAGCUCUUUAAUAUGAUGAAUUCAAUGGUGACUGGAGAAGACACAGCUGUUGGUCUUGUGUUCCAGUCACUCUGUCGAUUCUUCAGCACUGUAGAUCCAAGUGGCUUGCUGGAACUCCCUUCAAGCUCACAAGAGGAAUUUAACCAAGGCUCUGUCCUGAUGGUGUUUGACACCCUCCUCUCCGCCUCCUACAAGGAGUUUGCUGAACUGAUAGAGGAGGGGGAAGAGGGAUCACCCCCAUCGGGCCCCUCCCAUGUUUGCAGCCUGCUGUGUGCCCUACAGACCAGUCUGCUAGGUUGGGCAAAGCACUGUCUGACAGACUCCAAGGGAGAUAGCAAAUUGAAGAAGACAGCAGGGGAAGUCAUAAGAGACUAUUGUGGGAUGCAGUGUUCCUGGGCUCGGAAUGCUCUCUGCUUGCUGCAGAACCAGAAGGGUGUCAGCAACAGACUCAAUGACCUCAUCCACACCUUCAUCCCUACUGCAUUCAGACAAAUGGUUCUCUGUGUUACUCUAUUGAGUGAGAUGGAUAUGCCGUACCUACACCUAGCUCAGAGGCUACUCAGUGUAGCUGUGGAAAUCAGACAGCUAGAAACAAAACUCAACAUCCAUUUCCCAAAGGAUGGAGCACCAGUCCAAGGCAGUGCUAAGGAAGAGGUGGUUGUCCUGAGGAAGUGGCACAUCGAAUCAGCUCAUAACUAUGACAACAACCAGCAUGUCACACAGAUCUUCACAUGCCCUGGUGCUGACCUCUUUGAAGUGACCUUUGACUCCAAAUGUGAAACCGAGAGAAGGUAUGACUAUUUGGAGUUCACUGACUCCAAGGGAGUGAAGACUCGCUAUGAUCAGAAAGUUGGCACAGACAAAUGGCCGACCAACGUCACCUUCAACAGCGGUCAGCGUCUUCAGUUCCUCUUCCAUUCAGACAGCAGCAACAACUUCUGGGGAUAUAGCUUUGAUGUUGUAUCCAAAGGCAAGCCAGACGUGUCUCUACCCUGGCUAUAUGAUCUUCAGCUAGGACUGGCUAAACUCAUCGGUACCCUCUGCUCUCAAAUACUCUCUCUCAAAUCAGAGAAACAGAUGCGGGAGGAAAUCUGGGAGAGUGACGAGCAGAAGAGGAAGGCUCGGGAGGCCCUCUUGUCUCAAAACUUCUUCCAGACCUUGUUCAGAGGGGGUCACAGUGUUGGCAAACCACUCAGGUCACUGUCGGGAGAGAAGAGCCUGGUUGCUAUGGGCAGCAAAGUUCACAAAUUACUAGUGAAGGUUGCAGAGGGUACAGAUGAACCCGCCACAGAGACGUCCAUCGCCAAGGACAACGAGGACCACCGUUCCAGCGAACCUGAAGCUGACGCAGAAGACAUCCUCCUGUCCAAGGCUGUGGAUACCUUCCUUCAUGAAUGUCAUGAGAAGGGUCAGACGCCUAAAAUGGGUGGACCGGUCAUCACAAGGACCGUCCACGCUGUGUUUGCUGCACUGCUGUGGCAUUCAGGUUCACUCAGGGAGUACAUAGAAACACAUGUCGAGGAGGGUACAUCAAUCCCCAUCACAGAUGACAUCCUCUAUGCCUUCCGCACAGCUGAAGGGCUCAGGCCAUUUCUGGCUAAUCUGAGGCAGAUGUUUGUGUACAGUGAGGAGAAGAAAGCCCCAAACAACACCCUGAGGGAUAACUUCAACCCAGAUGAACCAGUGAACGCUUGCAGAGCCAAGGCUUCAUUUCUGUUAGAAUUUCCACCAGUAGUGAAACAGGAUCGGAAGAAGAUCAACAAAAGUCUUCCUCUGCGAAGUCUGUCCAAUGCAAGUACUGCUGCAGACUUUGAAGGUUUUCAGGGCCCUGCUGAAGAAGAAACCAUCUUGAGGUACUACCCAGAGUUCAAACUGGUCCUAGACUUCAUCAAGAACCCACACUUGGAUCACAAACGGGUGAGGUUAAUACUUCAGGUCAGGGAGCAGAGUGCCAAGGCUGUGUCUGAGGUUUACAAGCUAGCCAGUAGCUUCCUCUCUGCGCACAACAAGCCCCACAUAUUCCAUUCUCAGUGUGUACUCUUUCUGAAGGAUAUGCUCUUAGAGAGACAACUAGGUGCAUCCUCUGCACUACAUUACGCAUCUCGUCUGGAAGGAUGUGGAUUGGAGUUGGAAGACAAAGUGAGGGCAGCAUACUAUAGCUUCCUGAAACAGCUUGUAGAAGCGGUGACUGCAGAGUCCCAAGCCACACUCUCUGAUGAUGUCAAAGCAGCAUUUAGUUGCAUUCAGAACAUUCUUCUCCACCUCAUGGACGUCUCCUGGUCUCCUAGCGACUGGCAGUUUGUAGCUGACAUUAAAGCACCAAGCCUUCUCAUCAAUGCUGCAAGAACGAGUGGGAACGUGACCCUGAGGGACAGCACUGCUGGAGAUAACCUGAGCUAUGCCCAGCAGCUGAAGGCGUACAAGCAGUGUGAUGAUUGGAUGAAGGAGUGCGAAGGAGACGAUGCAUUCAACACGUGGUUCUCUAACAUUAGCAGCUUUACAGACAAGGAAGAGAGAAGGGCAAGGCACAUGUUUGUAGCUCGUUUCUGUGACCGUCUAGACAUCCAAGUGGCCUGUGAUGGGUGCGAGAUGCAGCUGCUUGGUCAGAGAUACCGAUGUCUCGUCUGUGAAGACUUUGACUUCUGCUACAACUGCUGUCAAGGAGGUGCCAAACCAGAUGAGCACACCGACGAUCAUCCAUUGGUCCAUCUCAUGUAUAAAUGUGAUGGAUGCCACGGGCUGAUCGUUGGUACUCGCUAUCACUGCAAUGUAUGCGAGGACUUUGAUCUCUGCCAUGGAUGCCAGCACACGGGACACUACCCCUCAAGUCACAAUGAGUUUCAUGAUUCAACUGAAAUAAUGAUGAGAGUGUUGUAUACAGGGAGCCAGUACUCGGCUCAGCUCAACAACUACACUCAUCUCCACUCCUGGCUGCAGUUCACCUUCCUCACUCUGUCCCUAGCUCAGGCUAUCUAUGACCAACAAUCACAAGGAACGUUGACUUCAUCCCAGGAGGAAGUGGGCAAAGAGCUUCUGAAGAGCUGUGUGGAGUUAGCCAUGGAGGGACUAGAGGUCAUAUGCUCUUCUGAUGAGGAAGGUGAUGGCACCAUGAGCAUCCAUGAGAGGGUCUUUGCCGAGCAGUCGCAGGAGAGGAUGCUGGGAUUGCUGGCUGCUAUGUUACCCGCAGAGAAGGGUUCAGACAAGUCAUUUUCAACAGCCAUGGCUCUCCUCAGUGUAGACAGGUUCCUUCCUCUUCUCUUCACUGUAGCACAGAAGGGAAGUGGUCACUAUGUUCCCACACAGCAUCUUGCUAUGGGCCUCUUGGGACAGCUGCUACCAAGCAUCAUGCCAGAGGUAUCAGAUAUGGCUUUGGAGUCAGUCACCCCACUGUCAACACCAGAACCCCCUGAUUCCUGGGAGGAGAGAGCAGACGGCUCCCCAAGGAAGCCCAGUCCUCCGAUGACAAGAAAGAGGAGGAGGAGGACGACAAGGAAAAUAUCAGUACUAAAGAUGAAAAGGAGAAGGAGAAUGUUAACACCAAAGAGAGUGGGAAGAAGGAGGGAAGGAAUGAUGAUGGAGGGAAGGUAGGAGGUGGAGGAGAAGAGUUUUGGAGAGAAAGGGAAGAGGGCAGGUAGCCAGGAGGUGCAGAAGAGUAAGAAGAUCAAACUGACGAGGGACGAUUCCAUCGCAAGCUCCGACAUGGACGGCACUAGGACCAUCAAGUUCCUCUUCUCAUUCGGUGCUUCAUGCUUGGAGAAGAGUCGACUUGAGUGGGCUGCGUUAUUACCCACAAUGCUUCAGAAGCUUUGCCGUAACCUGGGUUGGAAGGCCAGCAUCACUCGUCAAAUCAGCCAUAGCAUAGAGAGACUACCUGAAGACUCCUCGCUUCGAUCAGUCUUUGCUCUGUUUGUUGUGGCUGGUUUCCCUGAAGUUCUUGGACAUGGCAGCACAGCGAGCUAUCUUGAUGGGAACCGUGAGCUGACUGACGUCCUUAUCCUCAAGCAUUUCUUUGAGAAGGGCAGGGUCUGUGUGGUAGAUGUCAAGACACGCAAGAUGAAGCAUGUGCCAGAGUACCAGUUGCAGCUGAGUGGGUCAGGGGGUCAAGUCCUGGAUGGGGAGCGGUUCCUAGCCUUCACAGACAUCGCUAGGAUCAUCAUGCUCCAGCUCAAAGACGGUACAUGUGCCCAGCUGAGUGUGGAGAACCUGUGGGUUCUUUAUCUUGUUCUCAAGGCCAUGCUAGCCAGCCUGAAGGUGAACUACUCUCAGCUACUGAACAGUGACCUUCUGCCUCUCCUCGUCCACCUAGCCGGUCAACCCACCAAGCUUAGUAAGAGAUGGCUACUCAAAGACCUAGAGAUUUUAUCCAUCAAGCUGUACACUCGAGGCAAGGCCAAGACCAGUGGUAUCACCCAGCUGCCCUCCGUGCCCCUCGGUAUGGGGGCAUUGGUGGGACCGGAGCACAAGGAGCCCCUCCCUCCUAAGCUCCCACGCUCCCGCAACUCAUUCAGCUCUGAGAGUAGUGACUCCAGUGAUGUUGUAUUGAAUGACGCCCUGCUGAACCUAGACAGUGAUAUCAGCAGUGAUUCUGAUGACAGUGAGAGCUGGCACUCCUACCUGACGGCCGACUCCAUACCACAAUCCCUACCCUUGGAAGAAUAUGGGGUAGAUGUGGAUGAGGAGGGGGUAGGAGGGGGCGAGGAUCAGGGAGCGGGGAACAACCCUGACCCCAUGGGAGGGCUGGAUGAUAAGGCUAAGGCUUGUCUUCAGGCAACCCAUGAAGCCAUCUUGGCACCGGUAUCCAUCUUGAGAGCUAUGUAUGAGAAAUGCAACAGGAACAUCCAGGAUCUGGUGGAAGAAGUACAAAAAUGCUUCCAAGGUGAGGAGCUGAUCGUGAGUGAUGAUAUUAAGCAGCUUGCCAAGCGAUGGGAACCCAAGCCAGCCCCAGAGGUCCGAGAUCCUACGGAAUACAAAACAAUGGAUACAGGAGCACUCACCUACACGCCCAUACCUUCAAUGCCUAGGGAGCUAGAUGACAAUUAUGCGGUGCCAGAGUUGAGCCAGCAUGCACCCAUCCUCGUGGCUAACAGUGAAGCAGAACUCAGAGAGAGCUACAGAAAGCACCAGCGCACCAAGAGUGGGGAACUUCUAAAGAAAGAGCUGGAGAAACAUGGAAAGAGUGCAUCCAGGAUCUACCUGCAUGUGAUCAACAAUGCUCUGGCAGUGAUGUGUGCCAGACAGGUGCUAGCAGCUCUGCUUGCUGAUUGGCCAGCUACCGGUGAUCAUGUGAUCAGUACUAAUACGUUUGGUUGUAAAGAGCAUUCGCAGUUGGUCAGUAUACUUGACCUGCUUCAGAGAGUCGAGGAGAAAGAUGUCUUCUUAAAGGUUGUAGAGAAUGUUGUCCAUCAUUGUGAAGAUGGGUUACUAGCCCCGCUGUGUCUAGCUGCGUGCUCCUUCAUGCAAGUGACUGUCAUGUUGCCCAAGACCUUAGAAUCCAAACACAACUAUGAGAGCAACACUAAAAAACAGGGCAACAUUUCUCUACCGGGAGCCACUCACCUGAGCAUCAAGUUUGAUGAACGCUGCUGCACAGAGAGCUGCUGUGAUACACUACAGUUAUCCUCCAACUCGUCUUUCAAGCACGACGUCCAUUCAUUCUCGGGACCCUAUGGCAGUGCCAACUGGAUAGACUUUGAUUUACCAGGUGACACCCUGUACUACAAAUUUCAUUCUGAUGACGGUAGCUCAACCGAGUGGGGUUACAAACUGACAGUCACUGGCAACAAAUUAGGAAGGUUUGAGACUGGCUAUGUGAUCCUCAACACAGUACUAGCUAACCCCAAGCUGGCCCAACAAGUUCCUCUUCAAGAGCUGUGGGAGUGGCUUGUACAGGUUGCUAGGAAACAGGUCGGCCAGAGUCGCCUCAAGGCCGUGCAGCUACUGCUACGCAUCCUUGCUAGUAUACCAAGUCCGUCUCAGACUGAGUCAUCACCACGCACCUACUCAACAUCCACCGUCCCUGACCCAUCGACACCCUCGCCCCAAGACAAAACCAACGAGGACACGCCCCCAUCCUCUACCCCUGCCGAGCCCAGACCGCCGGUGGACUUGACCCGUCUCAAGCCUCUCUGGCUUCUGCUGGAUUCCAUGAACUGCAGGCUGAGUGCAGACUGCUCCCCCCAGAGCUUGGCCGCGGCACACCGGGCCCUGAUGGAGCUGUUUCUGAUGGUGGAGAACAUGGUCCAGGAGUGGGACAUGGUGGAGGAGUAUGUCCUGGCCAUGAGCAAUGAUGAUGCUAUCAAGAGAGCACUCAUACAGGGUGCUACUCACAUCAAGUGUAUUCAACUUGCGCUGUUCAAGAGUAGCAGCACAAGAGGUGAGGAGGAGCUGGCCAUGGUCGCCACGGAAACUGAACCAACAGCAGCAGCAUCAGGUAGUGGUUGCAGCACCAAUAGCAAUGUUAACAACAACACAGGCAGAUUGGAGGUUGAAGAUGUCCCACGGAUGAAUCCUGUUCUCUUCUCACAUCUCUUUAGAUAACACAGCGCCUUGCAUGUAGUCUUGUACCCGUUGCACACGAUGCGUCAUUUGCCUUGUGGAGGAUUGCAUUUAAUAGCUACUAGCGCUGCUUUUGACGUACCGUAUUGAUGGUUUGAUGAUUCAUUUUACCUGACUGCUAAGAAAGUAUGUGUAUGCUUGUUAUUAAGCAACCAGGAUACCAACGGCUUUGAGUAAUGAGGAUUAAUGCCUCACCCAAGGGCACUGGCAAAUCCACUUUGUUUUAAACCUUGGACUGCUUAGUUUUAAUACUAGCUGUUAUUCCCUUCAAGGGCUUGAUUCGCACAGAUAAUAAUGCAAUCGAAAUGACGCCUCUAAUUCAAGGGGCAUUACACCUAAUGUUGAUCUAUGGCAGUGAUUGGUCUAUGUGAGAAGUUUCCAACUUCCUGUAUAUUCUAUAUAUUGUUUAUAUAUAUAUAUUUGAUUUCUACAUGUAGUGGAUUUACCAUAACACAAAUGGAUGUAAGAUGCACUUGCAAUGUGUGUUUAGUCAUUAUUUUUGUUGACUAAUAAGAGCCACUAUGUGCAUGAAAUAGAUUAUGUUGCCUUCCUUGUUUCACAAUGGGAGUAAAGUUUGAUGUAAACACGUCUGUACCGAAACAAUGCAAGCAACUUUUUGCCAUUCUCUUCCAGCCUCCCCCUCUCAAUUAUGUAUUUGUAUUGACUACAAGUGUGUGGAUUUCAGACAGAAAUAAGAUGUGCCCUUUUUAUUGCUUUUCCAUUGCAAGUACUGAUUAAAGGAUUGUCUUAAAGGAUGGGGGGUCAAAUGUCAUGAAAUCUCAAUAGCACCAUGCAUGUUGAGAUGGUGCAGCCGGGGAAAGAGUGAAUUAAUUAAAGCUUAUCUGUACUAGUUUAUAGGAGGGAUUAGAGCACCCUGCAAGGUCACUGCACAGGUGGUUAUCUCAUCAACUCAGCUCUCAAA